GGACCACUUGGACCUACUGGGCCGCAAGGACAACCGGGGCCACAAGGACAGCAAGGACCACAAGGCCAACAAGGUCCUCAAGGUCUUCAGGGAUCUCAAGGAUCAACAGGACCAGCUGGACCAUUAGGACAACCAGGUGCCCCUGGAUCACAGGGUUCGCAGGGAGCUUCUGGACAACCAGGACCUGUAGGUAGUACCGGACAACCAGGUGAUAAAGGUAAUCCAGGUUCGCCUGGUAUUGCUGGCACACCGGGAGGACAAGGUUUGUUUUUCGUCGCAAGCAUUUUUUAA